AUGACUUCUAGUACAGCAUUUGUAUGGCAUUGGAUGCUUGCAGGAUUCAUUUUAGUAUUUGUACUUUCUGGGAUUGACGCAGCAAAUGAAUGGAAUGACAACCAGAGAAAGAGCGAUGAAAAUAGUCGCUCGUAUGGAAAUCCGUUCUUCGUUGUGGAAUUAAACAAGUAAGCAAGUAUAUUAAUAUGUAUUAGUUUGCAUAUUUUAUAAGCACUAUAUUCGGUUUGUUUGUGUUGUUUGCACGCUACUAUAUUAGAAUAAUGUGCGCAAAAAGUAUUGAAAUAAAGAAUUGUUGAUUUAAUUUCUUUCAGCCGACUAAUGAACGAUUUGUUUAAGGCCACCUUAAAGAAGCAUAAGGAUAAAGGCGCUUAUACAUACAAGGCUGUUGUACUUGACCUAAUAGAACAACUGUUCCGUCACUAUAAUGUUGGAACAGUCAUUAUCAAUGAGAGAAUAGUUGCUGAUUUCAAAACCAAACUGUGGAGAAUGGACAAGGAAAUGUCAAAGGCCAAAGGAGGGAAACAGAAGCAAACUCUGUUGAAAAAAUGGACCAAUGGCAGGUUGUCGGUAUGGGAAAUGAAAAUUUAUUACAGUGAAGUGGACAACAUUGGAACAAAGAGGGAAAAUAACAAACUGAACUUACAAAAACGUAAACUUGAGAAUGAACUUGAUGAAAUGGGUACCAAGGUUGCAAAGUUAGAGGCCCAAGUUGACAAGGAGCAUAAUUCUGCCAGUUUGUGCAAAAAAAAAUUCAAAAGGCUUUGUCAUAAAGUGAUGAAAAUGCAAAGGAAACAGGAUGGGUCAAGGGGUCCAAAUAAAGGGAAAAAAUUUAAUGAAUAUACAAAGAGGCAUCAAGAAAGAGUCCGCAGGCAGCUGACGUCUGAUUGUGAAAGAAGUUUGUCCUUUCUUGGUACAUAUGACUUUGUGGCGACAGAGGUUAAGGUAUUUAAUACCUCAACUGAAGAAUAUGAAGUUUUUAAAUUGAUAGAGUCAGACAAUGUUCCUAGACCUGAAGAAGAUGCUAACCUCCUGGACCACAUCAACUUACUCCUGUACACCAAAGACAGGUUUGGCAUUUCAAACCAAGCAUACCAUGAACUAUCAAUGGUUUGUAAGGAAAUGCCAAGAUCUUACAAAAUUAAGGAAAGAAUACAGGAAAUCAAUAAAAAGUGGAACUUGUUCAAAACACCUGGUGACUCAAUUGGUGUACAACAAAGUAUAAAAUGUAGACUUCAGACAAGAUUGAAAGUAUUAAUUGAAAAUGGUCAAAUGAAGCACUCCCCUCAUAACAAAUUAAGGGUGAAAUUAUCUGGUGAUGGGACUAAUGUUGGCAAACAUUUGCAUGUAAUAAAUGUAACUAUUACGAUUCUUGAAGAAGGAUCACAAGCUAUGUCAGCCGAGGGAAACCAUCUGAUUGCAGUUAUCAAGGUACCAGAAAAAUAUGAUCAUCUGUUUGUUGCAUUGGGUGAUAUCCGUAAUGAAGUUGAAACACUUUUGCAUAUUUCUGUAGGACAAGAAAUCUUCCAUAUUGAAUGGUUUCUGGGUGGGGAUUGGAAAUUCUUGGCCUGUAUAUGUGGUCUUGGCGCUGCACAUGCUACAACGCCAUGUAUCUGGUGUAAAUGUCCUCUGUAUGACCAUUAUGAUGGCACAAAAUCUUGGUCGCUUUUAGACUUGUCAAAAGGUGCUAGGACAAUAGCAGAAAUUCAGGAGCUUGUUACCAAAAAAUGUCAGGCAUCACUAAAAUUCAAUGUAAAGCAUGCUCCUUUAUUCCCUUCAAUCCCCCUUGAUCAUGUCAUUAUUGACCCCUUGCAUCUUUUUCUUCGAGUAUGUGACAAUCUGAUCAAUCUACUGAUACUGCAGCUACGAAGAGAGGAUGCAAUUGACAAAAAGAAAGUUUUUAAUGACGGAAUACUGGACAGAAGCAAAUAUAAACAUGUGGCAGGUUGGGAGAAGUACCUGAAUGAAACAUUGAACAUCUCGUUCAAUUGGUUUAUUUGUAAAGAAAGCAGGAAACUAAAGUGGAGAGAUUUAACAGGUCCAGAAAAACUCCAACUCUUUAGAAACAUAAAAAUUGACAAGGUACUACCCACAUUUGAAGAUGCCGGUAAAAUUGAACUCCUGUGGAAAAACUUUUUGAUCAUAGCAGAGUUGUUAAGUUCAUCCAAUCAACAUGAGAUUAAUGUCGAGGAAUUUUCAAUGAAAACUAAAUCAUGGCUGGAACUUUUUCUUACUCUCUACCACACAAAGCAUGUUACACCAUAUAUGCAUGCUUUGGUAUGGCAUGUUCCUGAAUUUUUAAGUUUAUAUGGCACAAUAUGUCCCUUCACACAACAAGGACUUGAAAAAUUAAAUGACAAGACCACAAAGGACUUUUUUAGGUCUACAAAUCAAAGAGGAAUUGACGCUCUAUUCCAGCUUGUUCAGAAAAGGAAUCGAAUGGAACAUUUGGAGGAUAUGGGCUUCAGGCGACAAGCAUAUUCCCAAAGUUGUAGUAAUUGCUUGCAAAAGAACCACAACAUAAAGACAUGUAUUGUUGGAUGUGAUACAUGCCACCACAAACCAUGUUGCUCUCCUGAUCAUUUAAAGAAGGUUGAAGGAAAAUGGAUGAAAGUUUGCAGAAAUGAUUAA